CUUCACGUGGGCGUCCCACAGAGCUCAGUUCUCGGCUCUUUCCGAUUCUGCGCAGUUGAGCCUGAUCCGCCUCGGAUGAGCUUUUGAGAGUUGUGCGGAAAAAAAAUCGAUGAGGUCCAGAAAACUUGUAAUAAAGUAGCGAUUUGAGCAACGAUGAGUCGAUCUGUUGUCGACAACACCGUGUCAUCGGGGAAUUCUUCGGUGGCGAUUCCGACAGACAUCAGCGGACAAAUAUUAGAUCUAGACGAAGACGAUGACUUGGAAGUUUUCAGUAAGGAUACGAGUACGACUCUAACAGACGGCAGCUCUUUUAACGCCUCCAUGCAGACCUCCCCUGCUUCAAUGAUCAACCAGUACAAGCUUGAGGAAGACGCUGACACCAAAGAUAUUUUUGUCACAGUCGAUAACCCAGAGAGUCACGUAACAGCUAUUGAGACAUAUAUAACUUACCGGGUUGAAACUAAGACCACACGGAGCGAGUUUGACUCAUGUGAGUUUGAGGUGCGAAGAAGAUACCAGGACUUCCUGUGGUUAAAGGGACGUCUGGAAGAAGCUCAUCCCACACUCAUUGUUCAUCCGCUGCCGGAGAAGUUUGUGAUGAAAGGAAUGGUGGAGAGGUUUAACGAAGAUUUCAUCGAGACGAGGAGGAGGGCGCUGCACAAGUUUCUGAACAAAAUAGCAGAACAUCCCAUUUUCUCCAGCAGUGAAGAUUUUAAGAUCUUUCUCACAGCAGGAACUGGGGAGCUGACCUCUCAUAAGAAACAAGGUCCAGGGUUUCUGAGCCGGAUGGGGGAGACGGUCAAAGCCGUCGCUGCUGCGGUCAGAGGGGUCAGGAACCGUCCUCAGGAGUUCACCGACAUGCAGGAGUACGCAGAAGCCUUCAGUCAGAAGAUCAGCUCGCUUGAUAAAAUUACUCAAAGGAUCAUCAGAGAGCAGAAAGAGUACCUGGAGGAGCUGAAGGAGUGUGGGCCGACAUACACACUGUGGUCACAAUCAGAGGAGGAGCUGGCCGAGCCCCUGAAGAACGUGGCAGGCUGUGAGGAUAGAUGCUAUAAGGAGACAGAGGAGCAGGUCAAACAUCUCAAUGAUCACCUGAUUCCGGUCCUUCAUGAGUACGUCCUCUGUGCCGACACACUCAAGGCAGUACUAAGGAGGCGAGACAACAUCCAGGUGGUUUUCGAAGGGAAGGCCGAAGCUCUUGCCACAAAGGCGGCAGACAGAGACGCGGACUCUAAGGUGCUGAGUUUAGCAUGGGACAGCUUGGUGGGACGAUCCCCCGAGGAGGUCAAACAACAGAAACAGCAGAAACUUAAGGGCGAGAUUAAGGAGAUGAGAGAUGAGCUGGAUAAGGCGGAGAACCGGCUGGAGUGGGCGAAUAAUGCACUCAAGAGCGACUGGAUCCGCUGGCAGAAGGUCAUGAGAUCUGACCUACGAUCAGCCUUCAUCGACACAGCAGAGAGGAAUGUCAGCUACUAUGAAAAGUGUCUCGCUGUAUGGGAGUCAUUCAUGCAGUCUCAAAGGACCGAUGCUGAAGGAAAUGGAAAGGUUGACUCUUCCUAAUCUCUCAAGGUGCUUUUUAUCUGAACGGGACAACCAAAGACGCUUUUAUUCCUGCAGAAACCAAAAAGAUUCAUAU